GACGAGCCCACUCCCAACACUGAGAGGGUGCAGAUGUAAUGCACUUGAGGCCAAACUGAGUGGUCAACGUGGUCUUCCCUCUCCUUAUUCCUCAGGAGCCCAUCAUGGCGACGCCCCCUAAACGGCGGGCUGUGGAGGCCACGGGGGAGAAAGUGCUCCGCUAUGAGGCCUUUAUCUCUGACGUGCUGCAGCGGGACCUCCGAAAAGUGCUGGACCAUCGUGACAAGGUAUAUGAGCAGCUGGCCAAAUACCUUCAACUGAGAAAUGUCAUUGAGCGACUCCAGGAAGCGAAGCACUCGGAGUUAUAUAUGCAGGUGGAUUUGGGCUGUAACUUCUUUGUUGACACAGUGGUCCCAGACACUUCCCGGAUCUAUGUGGCCCUUGGCUAUGGUUUUUUCCUGGAGUUGACACUGGCAGAAGCUCUCAAGUUCAUUGAUCGUAAGAGCAAUCUUCUCACAGAGCUCAGCGACAGCCUCACCAAGGACUCCAUGAAUAUCAAGGCCCAUAUCCACAUGUUGCUAGAGGGGCUUAGAGAACUACAAGGCCUGCAGAAUUUCCAAGAGAAGCCUCACCAUUGACUUCUUCCUCCUUCCCCUGACAUUAAAAAGCCUGAAUGCCUUUGA